CUGGAGGGCAGCAAAACCCUGUUACCCGGCCUCCACCCGGCCUCCAUGCCUGGGUGGGCCUCAGGUGGGAGGGCAAGGCCUGACGGCCAUCUUCUCACCCACCGCCAGGCCCCGCCACCAUGCCGCACACACAGGCGGCGUGAGCCCUAGGUGCAGCGAGGGAGGGCGCGCAAGUGGUGGCCCUGGCUUGAGCCGAUUAGCCUUAUUAAUAGAAAUUAAACCCUGGCUGCGAGUGCUGCCAAGCCCCUGUGGGCCCCAUGUGUGCCCCGUUCCCUGCCGCCAGGCAGGACGGGGUGUGGGGGCUAAGAGGCUUGGUGGGAUUAACACGUGGGCCCCAAAAAUCUGCCCCCCCAGCCUGCAAGGAAAUGGGUUUCCCUGUGUGUGGCUGGGACUGGCUCGUCCCCAGAGGCGGUCGAGUGGCAGCCAUGUAGGGGUUGUUUUGGGGGUUUUAGUGAGCUGCUGGGGGUGUGCUGGAUCCAUCCCCAGUGGCUCUUCCAGCCAUGAAGGAUGGUGAUCACUUGGCUGCUCCAGCUCAGCUUCUGACUCUGCUGGGCACAUACCCCUCAGCCUUGCCCAUGCUGCUGCAAAACCAUGAGCAUGGGAGAGGCGUUGGGGCUUGGGGAGGCUGUGAAAAACAGCCCCAUCCACAGUUUUGCCCCUCUGCUACUCCCCUCCCCUGCACCCUCUCUCCCAGCUCAGCCCAUCACCAUCACCGCUUCUUCCUCCCUCGUCCCCUCCAAACCUGCCCUGCUCUGCUGGGGGAGAGGCGAGGAGCCCCCCAGCCGGCUGUGGGAUUAUCGGGGGAUUCAGGCAGCCACCUCCUCCCCAUUGGCUGGAAAAGCCUCUUAAAAGUGGAGAAGUGCUUUCUGCCUGCUCAGCACCUGCUGGUCUUCGCUGACCUGAAACCAUAAGCGGCUGUUGACCCACGUCCACCCUGCCCGCACCCACCUGUGGGAGGCAAGGGGGUCCCCUGCGUGGGGCAUCCCCUCCGGCUUGGCCGUGGGUGGCUUUGCAGAGGGCGGCAUCAGCGCUGGAGGAAAGCAGGCUGAGAGGGGGAUUAGUUCUCCAGCGGGGAAGUGGCUGCCCCGAAGGAAGGAGCGGGGCAGAGGAGGCUGCUCGAAGGGUGCUGGGUUCCUGCAGGCAUCGCCCCGUGCCUUGCUGAUGGUGUGCCCGCCAUGGAGCAAAGAGCCAGCAGGGCCAUCUGACUGGGCACCCUCAUCCAGAGCCGGGGAAGGCCAGCCAGACCCAUCCCCUCACCUCGGGGACUCAGCCUGCGCUCGGGUGGUCAUUGCACAGCACCUGGAGAGCUCGCUCUCUGUCACCCCACCGCCUCACGGCCUGCCUUUCCCCCUCCCAGGCUAGACGAUGGGGAGAGCUGACCCAGAGGAAGGGCAGCUCCCAGCUCCCGUGAAGCCCCCUGAUGGCGGCUGGGGCUGGAUCGUGCUCUUUGGCUGCUUUGUGAUCACUGGCUUCUCCUAUGCCUUCCCGAAAGCCGUCAGUGUGUACUUCAAGGAGCUCAUGAAAGAUUUCCACGUGGGCUACAGUGACACAGCCUGGAUCUCCUCCAUCAUGCUGGCCAUGCUCUAUGGGACAGGACCAGUAUGCAGCAUCAUGGUGAACCAGUUUGGCUGCCGGCCUGUGAUGCUCAUCGGCGGGCUGCUAGCUUCUUCUGGGAUGAUCCUGGCAUCUUUUACCACCAACAUCAUCGAGCUUUAUCUGACAGCUGGCGUGCUGACAGGUCUGGGUAUGGCGCUGAACUUCCAGCCCUCACUGAUCAUGCUGGGCACCUACUUUGACAAGCGUCGGCCUCUUGCCAAUGGACUGGCUGCUGCUGGGAGCCCUGUCUUCCUUUCCUCCCUCUCUCCACUGGGGCAGGUGCUGCUGGAGAAGUUUGGUUGGCGAGGAGGGUUCCUCAUCAUGGGGGGCCUUCUGCUUAAUUGCUGCACUUGUGGGGCAGUCAUGAGACCCCUGGAUAUGGGCAUGAAGAGGAAGGUGGAGAAGACUCAGGACAAGUAUGAAGCCAAGGAGAUGUUGCCCAUAGGAGGGAAGUCAGAGGAGGGCAUCAGCUCCACAGAUGGAACCAAGAAAGCCAAGAAAGCCAAGAAGAAGCCCAAGAAAGGAAAGAAGCUGUUGGAUUUUAGUAUCUUUUCCAACCGAGGGUUUAUCAUUUACACCAUCUCAAAGUUCAUCCUGGUCUUGGGUCUCUUUGUGCCCCCCAUAUUGCUGGUCAACUACGCCAAGGACACGGGAGUACCAGACACAGAGGCCGCGUUCUUGCUCUCCAUCAUCGGUUUCAUAGACAUCUUUGCCCGACCAGCCUGCGGCAUGGUGGCGGGGUUGAAGUGGGUCCGUCCUCACGUGGCCUACCUGUUCAGCUUCGCUAUGCUCUUCAAUGGCCUGACGGACAUCUGCAGCGCCAGGGCUAGCAACUACACGGGGCUGGUCAUCUUCUGCGUCUUCUUCGGCAUCUCCUACGGCAUGGUGGGGGCACUGCAGUUCGAGGUGCUGAUGGCCAUCGUUGGCUCCCAGAAGUUCUCCAGUGCCAUCGGGCUGGUCCUGCUUAUCGAGGCGUUCGCUGUGCUCAUUGGUCCCCCCUCUGCAGGCCGUUUGGUCGACGCUCUCAAGAACUACGAGGUGAUCUUCUACCUGGCGGGCUCAGAGGUGGUGCUCUCCGCUCUCUUCCUGGCCAUGGCCACCUACUGCUGCCUGAACCGAGGGAAGAAGAAGACGCCUCCCCCAGAGAAGACCCCGUCGGGGGGUGGUGGGAGCGACACCGAAGAAGCAGAGUCCGACGUGCAGGAAGCCGAGGAGCACAGCAGCGACAACCACCAGCCGGCCCACAGCACCGACAACGCCGUGGUGGCAGCCAGCGAGGAGGCCAACCAUGUGGAGGACGAGCAGAGCGGGGAGGGAGGCAGGUGUCCCGAGGGGGACAGGGAGGUGUUGGCACAAGCUGGCUGCAACGCUGACCAGACGGUGGAGAGGGACAGUUUUUAACCAGGGCGGAGGAAUGGGGACGUAAAAUGGCUGGCCUGGUCUGCAGGUAACUCGGCCUGGGAGGGGAGGUGGGACGUGGGGUGGAAAAGAACAAAGCAAAAGCAGGUUUAAGAAGAUGGUGAGAGUCUAACAAUAGCGGGUUCUUGUGUACAUAUGCCCACAUACCUACCCAGCGAUAUAUCUACUUGCGUCCUGCACCCAUGCUGGUAUAACACAGGCUCAGAGCAGCCCAAACACCAAAAUCUUCCCGCCCACCUCCAAACCAGCCCUGGAAAAUGUAUUUUGAAGAAGCUGUGAAGGACUCUCCUUUUCCUUCUGCAUUGUCAUAAUACAGCACACAAUUAGAGACUCUUUGUAAUCAGCUCUGGUACGCUUUGGCCUGGUGUCAGUGUUUCCUCUACCCCGUUCCUACUGUUGGGACAGCACAACCCGGAGAGGCACAGCUCUUGGAAAGACUGAGCUCUUGGAAAUGCCACUAUUCCCGGUAGGGAUAUGCUGUUAGAGGCUGCUGGGAUGCCAAAAAGAAGAGGGCACCUCAAAAACGCUAAUGCCACUGAGAGGGUGGCCAUGGCACGGAGCUGCACUGCCAGCAAUAGCAGCGGCAGCCGGGGAGGGGUUGGCAGUGCAGGUAAACAACCCAUCCCAAGCGAUUAUCCACUCAGCAGGAGCAGCACAAGAUGCGCGCGUGUUUGUUU